AGACUGGAACUUUGUUUUAUCAGUAAUACGCGCACUCAACUCUUCCUCCGACUCCAAUUGUGGACGACUUGUUUUUAUUGUGCGGUAACCAUGGGGAUUUAAUCGCUCUUCAUCAAACAUAACAGAUUGACAGUUUUCUCGUUUUUCCCGCUUUUCGACAAAUGGUUUUUCACUUUGCUCAGACGAAGCAGAAAUGAAAAAAGCAGAGAUCAGGGCACGCUCACUUUCUUGGCGCCUCUUCACCAGACUCCUUCCCGCCGGAUCGCUUCUCUCUUCGCCUCUCGCGCGUGUCCGUGAACGGUGAGCCUGCUCGCAGGCUAUCAGGACUAUAGAUCAGCUGUUGAGUAGUGUAAGCUUAACGCUGGCUAACGGUUCAUGUUAAUUUCUGGUUGUUAAAGAGCUCAAGAUUUGCAAAUUAAAGUCCAACCUUGGGUUAAAGAAACAUUAGAGUUUUUUGGAACCGUACCCCGUAGUUCCCACAGACAGCAACAAAAGUUGAUAAUAUUUUUCCGUUUGGUUGUAAUCGAGUGACACCUCUGGCAGUUGUAACCAACACGGGGAAUCCUAAUUAAUUGACCCAUAGAUAAUUAGUUCUAUAAGCGGAUACAAGGGCAUCACUGGAAGUUGUUCAUGUUAAUGAUUACAGUCAUUUGUACUAACUUUAUAGUUGGACGUAAGAAAAUCAUUCUCUCUUGCUCUGUCAAAGACAGCUUUUUGGCAAUACUGAAACUAGAUCAGUACACCCCGAGGAUAUAGAGACAAUCUAGAGAAUAGCGAACUUAAUAUUCUGGUAUUUGACCUGCGAGUAUAAGUGUACCCUGCACCAAAAAAAAGAGGCAAAGCAAAAAAUCGCAUCAUGGACGAAGAUUCGGAGUUCUACGGGGAAGGAAACGAAACGUUGGAUGACGAAUUUGUCAAUGGAUUCUCGGCCCACUAUGACGUAUAUCCAGUGGUCCUUGCUGUGUUGAUAAUCGUUGCCAAUGGCACGGCACUAGCACUGGUUGUCCGUAAAAAGAAGCUCCAGACUGUGACAAAUGGCGUUCUGGCUAGCUUAGCCACAAGUGAUUUGCUGGCGGGCUUGUUAGGAAUUCCUCUUUACCUUGUCUGUAAUCUAACUUACCACACUGCCUGGUGUCUUUCCAGCGCCGUGUUCUGGCGGUUCGUCUCCAUCUCCACGGUUCUUCACCUGACGAUUUUGACUAUGCAUCUCUUCGCUACCGUGGGUCAUCUCACGCGCUAUGAAUUCGUCCUGAGGCGAAAGGCUACCACCUGUCUCGUCUGCACCGCCUGGCUUUGCGCCGCAUUCGUCUCGCUCGUUCAGUUAUCGUGGAUCAUCGUGGAAGACGACAGAAGCGAAGAAGAACGGCUCCGGGUUCACCUCACUUACUCCAUUGCCGUUCUUGUUUUAUUCCUUGGCGUUCCGUUGGCCACGAUAGUCUGUUGUCAAUUGCGCAUCUUUGCGUUCAUUUGCGUCUACAAAAGAGAGUGCAAAGCCAGAGUAUCAGAAAAGAGCAAUUCAUCUGACGACCAACCGUUCGCGAAAGUCGCAUCGACGUGGAAAACAGCUGUAGUUUUCGCGGGUAUGUCAGCAGUGUAUCUCAUUUGCUGGGCGCCAUACUUUAUCCUGGAACUUGUGGUUGAUGAUGCAGAAAUGGAGUCGUUACCUCUGUGGGCCGUCUACAUGUUGUUCUACUUCACAAGGUUCACUGCAUCCGCGGUCAACCCGAUACUGUUCGUCGUAGGGAAGAGCGAUUUCCGGAGAGCGCUUCGCGAAUGGUUGCACUGCUGUAGCACAGCAAAGGCGGAAGAAGAGGCUGACCAUGGAACAAUGCACUCUCUUGUUCAAAGCCAGCGACCAUGAACUGCGAAGUUCAGAAAUUGUUUUCAGGCGAGUUACAAGUCUAAAUUUGUCGUUUUAGUAUGCUAAGAAAGGCCCCUUGAUUAAAAAAAAUAGGGGCAGGGUGGUAAAUGUAAUAAACUUCACCAUCAACUUAUUAACACAGUAACACAGUUUCCUGGAGCGAUUUCACUGGAACCAGAUCGAUUACAGACGCGGCGUCAAACGCAAAGUCAGUAUUUUAGAGAGUAGCUUCAUCAGGGGGAAACAGGUCUAUUUGUGCUACUGGAGUAAUUAUACCGUAAGCGUAAAAUCCCAAGCAAGCAAGGGCACGAGUUUUCGUCAAUUUUGCAAACUGACAGUGUCCCAGGCCAGACAGUUCCUUGCGCAGUAUAAUUCACAGGUAAUCCCAUUUGGAAAUAAUUGAAUUUAUACCAAUACUUCACUUGGUGCAAAUUGGACUCGACCUUCGACCCCGGGCCGUCGACCUCUUCUAUUAAUAUUGACAGUCCUGAAAAAUAUUUCAUCUAAAUUAGACAAUAUGUUGUCAUAUUACAUAUACAAAACUUGACACCGUAUCACUGCGAGAUAGCGCAGUUAAUGACUGAAAUGAGCUCUUAAGACUUCAUCCUACUGAGUUUAGCGUGUAGUUGUGUUUCCUGGACCAAAUGUGGUUCAUUUUUUUCAACAGCACAUAAUUUUACGCACAAGAAUUCCUGAAAUUGCUAGUCUCCGAAGACAGCGCGUAUUGAUAUUUCACACGUUUCACACCUCCUUGAAAUACCUUGGUUAUGGACUCAUGCUGAUAAACGGUUUUUUUCUCGAUUGAAAGUCCAUUAUAACAGGUCAACAUCGGGCUGUUUUCGUGUGUCUGACGUAAUACUUCUUUAAGUUCCUCACUCACUGAGUCCUCAAUAUUUUUCUCGUUUUAAUUCAGACUGUCAAAGUCUCUUUAUCCUGUCAAAAUACUACAUUCAGACAUCGCAUAAAGAAAAUAGGAGAUUGGUUUCAGAUGAGAAUCUUGUUGCAAAGUACAAUUCUGAACAGAAGCAUUCGGAAAAUUCCGUCCACUCUUACCAUGAUAUGACAUCCUCAGAGAAGCGAGAAGUAGAUCAACUAAAGUACUAUCCCGUACGCUGCAUAGAAGUGAACGCGCACUUGAUCCGGGGGAGAGGUACUCCCAUAUAAUGGCUUUUAAAGUAUGUGCCUCGGGAUAGGGUAGGGUUUUUGAGGUUUUCGAUCCUUAAAUAGGGUAUCAUUUUUGCCGCUGGCGGUUGGCAUUGUGUUACCGGUGUGAUCUUUAGAUAGGGUCUACAUCUACAUUUAUUAAGUUAUUUAUUAAGUGUCAGUAUCAAAAUUGUAUCAGCUAAAAUUCCAGCGCGUAAAUGUCCAGCUAAACCAAAACAAAUUCUAUGCUUGAUGCUUAACUUGUAAAAUAAAGGACCCGUUCACGCUAUUCUUAGUUUUUGUUUCCCUUGAACAGGGCGUCAUUUCUCAGGUUUGCGCCUUAAAUAGAGUAUCAAUUUGCGUUUUCUUUGGAUCAACAAUACUGCUACGGUCUUUCAUUCACUUGGCACACACCUAUCCAAAAUUUACGGGAGUACCUCUCGGACUUGAUCAAGGGUUCUAUCCAGGAGUUCACUAUAUCUCUAAACUGUUGUAUACACUGACUGUAGUUGGAGAAGUCUGUGUUUAAGGCUUGCACAUUCAUUUUACUUCACUAGGAAGCAUUUAAAUACUGAAUACAUUGAACCGAUCAAUUUCUUUGCUUCAUUUCUUUGGAAUGAAAGCGUAAAGACACUGCCCGUUGUAUUUCAUGACAUCUUGAUCUGUCAAUG